CUCCAGGGCUCAUUAAUAUCAUCGUUCAACCUCACGCCUGGAGAGGUCCAUGUUGGAGCCAAAACAGUCUAUAUAAUAGUUGGCUAUCUUUGUUUAUCAUGGAUGCCAUCACAGCAGAGCUCAAUGAGCUCUUCGCUGGGUCCUCCCCCGACGGACUGCCCCAGGACGUGCUCGCCGAACUGCUGUCCAUCUUACGGGUGCAUUCGAUACCUGCACAAGAGCUCUUCUACAAAUGGGAGUCGUACUGUCUGAAGAUGGGGCCGGAGGAGACGAGAAUGAACCUGGACACGGUCAGGGCGUUCAAGCGUGACGUCCAGGAAGCGUUGGAGCGGGACAGUCGCAGCAAGACGGGGCGACAUGCAGAGAAGAGAGGCGCUGUCACGGCGACGCCGCGGGCGACGGCGAGUUCGGAUAUGUUCGAUAUGCUGGACGGAUUGACACCUGGCGGACGUAUGGCAAAUGGGUCGGCGAAACGAAAAUCGGAUUUUGGAUCGCCUCUGGUUGCAAAGGUGGGCAAAGCCGAGAAGACCGGAUCGCCGAUGAAUGGCAAGACUCCGAGUAGACCGGCCAACGGUGUGGGAGCCGAUGGGACACAGCCCAUGCCUUUCAGCGAACGACAAAACCCCGGACAGAUCGUAGAGACCAUCAACUCACAUCUCCAGCCAUCAGAGCCACCGAUGGCGCCCUUCCCUGAAGCCCGGAUCCGCCCAACGGCAAAUACAGACAUGAAGAAGUUUGGAUACAAGCCGAUGGCGAUGCGGCUGUCCGAGUCAUCUGAGAUUCUGGACGACCGGAUCGACGAAUUCACGGCGAUCUUCCAGAAGGAAUUCCCGGCAGAGGAGCUCACUUUCGGGAGUGCUUCCACACAGAGCACUAGCGAGGUUAUUGCGGUGGGCCGGAUCGCAUCAGACACUCUGGAGGGGAAGCUCAACCCUGCGUCACUGAUGCUGGAAACCUCCCGCCGGAGCGGCGCAGGCCUGCGCGUGCCCUUGAAAGUCGAUUCCCUCCCCUCCAUCAACUUCUUCCCUGGCCAGAUUGUGGCGUUGAAGGGUAUCAAUGCUUCGGGCGAAUACUUCUCCGUCACAGAGGUUCUCUCCACCCCGCUACUACCAUUAGCAGCGUCGUCGCCAGCGACCCUUGAAGGCAUCAAUGAACGUCUGUACGAAGCGGAUGUGAAUCCGCCAUUAAACGUCUUUGUUGCGUCAGGACCAUACACUGCAGAUGAUAAUCUUGACUUCGAGCCCCUGCGAGAGAUCUGUGAGAAGGCCGCCGAGAGCUACGCGGAUGGCGUCAUUCUCCUCGGUCCAUUUUUAGACAUCGAACACCCCCUGCUGGCCUCGGGGGACUUUGACCUCCCCGAGCUGGACGGGGUCGAUCCGGAAACGGCAACCCUGACAACCGUCUUCCGGCACUACAUCUCGACCCAGCUGCAGAAGCUCGCCAGCGCCGUGCCUAGUAUCACCAUUGUGCUCGUGCCCUCCGUGCGGGAUGCCGUCAGCAAGCACGUUUCGUGGCCGCAGGAGGCGCUCCCCAAGAAAGAGCUCGGCCUGCCCAAACAGGCACGCGUGGUAUGCAACCCGGUGACACUCUCCUUCAACGAGACCGUGGUGGGCAUGUGCUCCCACGACGUGCUGUACGAGCUCCGCCGCGAGGAGGUCCUACACGGUCGACCCCGCGAGGGCAACCUACUCACCCGCCUACCCAAGUACCUGAUUGAGCAGCGCCAUUUCUCCCCCGUCUACCCGCCCUCUGCGCGCGAGAACCUCCCCAAGGCAGGCACGGAGACCGGCCUCGCCACGGGCGCUAUGCUGGACAUCAGCUACUCCAAGCUGGGCGACUGGUGGAACGUGCGGCCGGAUAUCUUAAUCUCGCCGAGUGUUCUACCCCCUUUCGUGAAGGUCGUCGACUCCGUUCUUGUCAUCAACCCGGGCACGCUCUCCAAGCGUCGAUCCGCAGGCACGUACGCCCGUGUAUCGAUCCACCCGCGCGAGAUCUCCGACGAGGAACGCGAGCAGAAGCAACUAGGCCACAAACUCUACGAACGCGCCCGGGUAGAUAUCAUCAGGAUAUAAUAAUGUAAUAUCAUGUCUCAUG